AUGAAAAAAACUACUAGUUCAUUAGCUGAUAAAUCAAAAGUGUCAUUUUUUAAUGACGGAAAUAAAUUAUUUACUACUGUAAGAAACAAUAAUCUUCAGUUUCUAGACUAAGGAAUUUUUUAAAUGGUAUAUCAAAAAAAGGAAAGUAUGGUAACAAUUUAAAUGGCAGAUACCAUUCUUAAAAUCAGUGAUGAAGCAUAUGUAUAGUUAAAAUCUGAAAUAGGAUAAAUAUAUCGAUAUUGAAAAUUGUUGUUUAAGAGGUGUAAUGAACUAAAAAAAUAAAUAAUUUGGUUUUAGACUCAGCAAAAAUGGAUAAUAUGCAGAUUUUUUUGGGAUUUAUCUCGAUUUUUUGAAUAAACUUAAGAUAUAUAUGAUUCAAUCUGAUUUUUAAUCAAAGUAUAAAAUAUUGACGAAGUUAGGAAAUGGAAAUUUAUCUUCUGUAAAAUGUUUAAUAAAAUUAGGUUUAUAAAGUACAACAUAGUAUUAGUGGAUAGGAAUAUGCUGUUAAGAUUUAUGAUAAAUAAACCCUAAAUAAAAGUACUAAUUAUGAGAAGGAGUUAUUUAUGAAUGAAAUUAAUAUUUUGAGGUAGUUAAAUGAUAAGGGUUUAUUAAAAUUGUAUGAAAUUUUUGAAGGAGAAUAAAAUAUAUAUUUAGUUACAGAAUUGUUAGAAGGAGGACCAAUAAAAAAAUAAAUACCUAAUUCGAAUUUUAUAGAUUAGGAGAAGAUAAAUAUGAUGUAAUCACUUUUUAAUUCUUUAAACUAUUUACAUAAAUUAGAUAUUUAUCAUACAAAUAUCUAAUGUGAUAAUAUUUUACUUAAAGAUCCUAUGGAUUUAAAAUCUGCUUGCAUAAUUAAUUUUGGUAAAGCUGUUUAAAUUCCUUAAAGAAGAAGGAGUUAAAAUUUUAUGACCUCUUAAGAAUAAGAAGGAGUUCUAAAAUUUUAUAAGAAAAAGGAUAUAUAUUCUUUAAGUAUAAUAAAUUUAAGUAUGUUCACAAAAAAGUUAUACCAAGAAAAUUAAUUAGUUAAUGAAUUACUAAUGAAAAACUUUGAAAAUAUUUCUAAUAUUGAAUAUAUGGAAUUGUCAGCUCCAUUGCAGCGAUUUUUUGAGAUGAUAUUUUCUGAAAAAUAUUAAAAAGAAAUUGAUACAUUAAGUUGCGAAAAUAUAUUAGAAUUUGAAGUUUUUCGUGUGCCUUAUAAGCCUCGAAAAUCUAAAUUGUUAACAUCUUAAUAAGUAGCAUUUAGUUUGGCAAGAAGAACAAGCAAUUAUGAGCCAAGAUUAUCAUAAAGAGAGAAAUUAGAAUAGUCAUUAAAUAUGUUGAAACUUCCUCCAAUUCAUGGAGAUUCUCCAACAUCUACAGAUAAAACACAUUCUGUUAGUCCUUAAUCAGAUCGUCUCAUCUCUAAUUAAUUAGGUAAUAUUUUAAAGACAAGUCAUUUUAAUUAAAGAAAAAAUGCUUUAAAAUUAAAUAUUAUAAUAUGA